AUGGAGCUCUGGAAUUCCACUUUGGGAAGUGGCUUCAGCUUGGUAGGGAUCCUGGAUGGCAGUGGCUUUCCUGAAGUGCUCUGUGCUAUAUUCACAACGCUGUACUUCUUGGCACUGACCAGCAAUGGAUUACUGCUCCUGGUCAUCACAAUGGAUGCCCGGCUCCAAGUGCCCAUGUACCACUUGCUUGGGCAACUCUCUCUCAUGGAUCUGCUCUUCACAUCGGUUGUCACUCCCAAGGCUGUUAUGGAUUUUCUGCUGGGAGACAACACCAUUUCGUUUGGGGGCUGUACAUUUCAGAUGUUCCUGGCACUGACAUUGGGUGGUGCUGAGGACCUCCUUCUGGCCUUCAUGGCCUAUGACAGGUAUGUGGCCAUUUGUCAUCCUCUGAGCUACAUGAUCUUCAUGAGGCCAAGCAUCUGCUGGCUCAUGGUGGCCAUAUCAUGGAUCCUGGCAUCUCUGAGUGCCCUAGGAUAUACCACCUAUACCAUGCAGUAUUCUUUCUGCAAAUCCCGGGAGAUUCGACACCUUCUCUGUGAGGUCCCUCCCUUGCUGAAACUGGCCUGUGAAGAUGCCUCUAGAUAUGAACUCAUGGUUUACGCCAUGGGUGUGACCUUCCUAAUUCCCCCGCUUGCUGCCAUCCUGGCCUCCUAUACAGUAAUUCUGUUCACUGUGCUCCACAUGCCCUCAAAUGAGGGCAGGAAGAAAGCCCUUGUCACCUGCUCUUCCCACCUGACUGUGGUUGGCAUGUUCUAUGGGGCUGCCACCUUCAUGUAUGUUCUGCCCAGUACCUUCCAUAGUCCUAGGCAAGACAAUAUCAUCUCUGUGUUCUAUACAAUUGUCACCCCAGCUCUGAAUCCCCUUAUCUAUAGCCUGAGGAACAAGGAGGUCACUGGGGCUUUGAGAAGGGUACUGGGCAGAUAUAUUCUUCCAGUACAGCCCAACCUUUAG